AUGGUCUCUCUUGUUAUUUCCGUUUUGGUGGUAGCUCUAAGCCUAUCGUAUACAACUGUUCAAGCCUACCAAGAUUCCUACUCUUCAACGCUUACCUUUAAGGAUCAUGACAAACACAAAUCUCCACCCCCACCGUCUCGAAAGAAGUCUCCUCCACCGCCACCUCCGUCCAAAAGGAAGUCCCCCCCUCCACCACCACCAAAGAGAAAUGAAUAUCUCUCACCUCCACCACCUCCAAAAAAACACGAUAACAAGUCACCUCCUCCUCCACCGCCAAAAGAGAAGACUCCUCCACGACCAAGAAAGUCUCCCCCUCCACCACCACCAAGAAAGCAUGAUAACAAGUCACCACCUCCACCACCACCAAGAAAGCGUGAUAACAAGUCACCUCCACCACCGCCACCAAAGAAACACGAAUAUGACUCCUAUCCUCCACCACCACCACCAAGGAAGCAUAAGGACAAGUCCCCUCUUCACCACGAUCCCCUCACAAUUAAUUAG